AGCUGAUGGCUUUGGAAAGGAAGUUUUAAAUUGUUACGUGUGACUGUGCUGACUGCUUUGCCAUGGCCCUGCUCCAACAAAGGCCCUUUCGAAGACGUGGGAGGGACAUGCUCUCCUGCAUCAGAGAGGCUUGUGGGUAGAUGGCACAGAAGGGUUGGCAGGCUGGGCUGCUUUUUCCCUAAGCAUUGCACUAGGAGGCUGGGAUGGGCUCAGUGUAGAUGUGGUGGUUGUUACAUUCUUGCCUUUCCAAACACACUUAUGUGCUGGGUCACAGCUUGGAAAGUCCAUUCUUUCCCUCCCCCAGUCACACAUGCUUCACCUCUCUGAAAUGUAAAUGUUGGUAAGGUGCCAGGAACAGCAAUGGGUUCAUUCUCUUUGCUCUCAAUGCCAGUCCCUACUGGAGAACUGAGCUGGAGCAUCUUACCUUAGGUCAACUUUCUGAAUGCUCCCCUGCUACAGCAAAGGUGGUCUCAGCUGUUGGGGCCCUCUAUAGAAUUCAGAGUGUGUUUCUUUGGAGGAGUCAGUUGGUUUGUGAAACAGCUUCUGGUUUACUUUUCAUUCCCUUUUUUUCCCUCUCAGAGCCCUUGUCAGUGGAAAUGUGCCAUGCUGAGAGCUGGGGAUGGGGAAUGACCACCUCUCCACUGCUGCUUUAAAGUAGGAGCUGCAGCAUUUGGUUGUGGCAGCCUGAUAAACUGGAUAUUUGGGUCAAUGUUGUGGUUGAAGCUUCUUAGGCUUUGUGGUUUCCCUCUGCUGCUGCUAAUGCCAAGUUUAGAGCCAUUUCUAAGGGCGUAGGUCUGUGAUGUGAGCUUGCCAUCCUCCAGGAUGGAGAUGCAGAUGAGAGGUCGAUACUGUUACACCACCAUCCCCCUUCCUGUGCUGCCCCACUAUCACAGACCAAUGCCCAGGGUGAGGGAAGAUUGUUAUCCUGCUCUCACAGCUGACUGGCUUUGUACAGCCACUCCCUCAGGUCAGUCUUGUUGCAUUUCAGGCUGCUUGGUGCUAUUUACCAUUAUUGGUGUUUCUGUAAGCAACUGCACUGUGCAGUGGUUUGUCACAAACGGGUAUUGGGGGUUUGUAGGGUGAUUUGGCAGCUAGCCUUGAGCGUUAAGCAGCAAGUUGUCUUUCAGGGUUUUACCAAGUCUGUCAGCUAAGGAAGAGAGAGCCUACAGCCACUCUUGGUACUUUCAUAGGGAAGCAUUUGGAAGUCUUAUUCUAAAAAUGCUCUUUGCUGAUGUGAUUUGAGCACUUGCCUACAGACUGUUGUCCAUCUCUCUUCCCCUUGCAGUGUUGUAAAACGUUGUUGCAGCAUGAAAUGUUUAAGAAACAGACCUGAAGGACACGUACACUAAGAACACUGGUGGCUUUCUGGAGUGAAGAUAACUUUACAGCUAGCAGUAAUGCUCAGUUCAGAAUGAAUGCCUAAUGCCUUCCCAGAGUCCAUUGCCACCCAACAGGUAGAGAUGCCUUUCUUGGUUGAGGUACUACUGAGUGUUUUCAGUCUGCUUUUAAAAAAGAGAAAAGGACCAAGUAUCUGUCAUCAAGUAACUUAUAUCUUGUGUUUCUAGAAGGCCAGACAGGAAAGGUCAAGCUUUUAGCUUCCACCUUCUGUGUGCUUCUCUAAAAGCAGCAGGACUGGAAUUGCGCAGCAGGGCAGCCAGCUGAUCAGAAAUGGACCUCCUUAAAAACAGCACUCCGGGUCUAACAGAGCAUCCAACCUUCCAUAAAUCCAGGCAGGCAGCAGCAUUUCCCCUCUGUCUGACGUUUCAAAAGGACCCCUCUCCAAGUGCAGCCCCUGGAGACUUCAGAGGUGGAGGAGUGAUCAGAAGCAAUGGCCUGAUGUGGAGACUGCCUGCAUAUGGACGAGUGUGCUCUCGAAACAGAGAAUUCACCAUUGACUUGGGAUUUGUCUGACUUGAAGGUACCACCCAGCCAGAGCAUUUCAACCCUGAUUCAGCUCUUGUGGUGCCCCCUGCACAGGCAGCUGACUGAGGAAGGAGGAAGGUGACUUGCUGAAGCAGAUGCAGUGAAGAUGACCCCUUGCUGAAUACACAGGGGAGAGAGAUGGGGCCACUUCACAAGAGGUGCGGCAGAGCUGCUCCCAAGUGAGAGCAUCCCGUGUGUCUGGUUCAUGCUGCCAUCCCUGAGUGAUGACAAACACUGCCUCCUGAAAGCAGAAUGAAGACAGUAAAAGAAAGCCCCUUUCUCCAGUCUCCUGAGAGAAUGGUGAAUUCUCCUCCGGCGUGUGCCUGCACCUCCUCUAACUCCCCACCUUACAGCUGCAGGAAGCACUAUUGCACUUGCCAGAAGUGUUCAUGGAAAGGUGGACUAGACCAGGAGACCUUGUUCCAUCCAAGCUCUGAUGCCUCCCAGACCACCACAGAAUUAAGGGACUUCUUUGCCAAAGCCCGGAAUGGUUCAGUUCGGCUCAUCAAGGUCAUCAUUGAGGAUGAACAGCUCGUGCUGGGAGCCCACAAAGAGCUGUCGCGGCGCUGGGACGCCGACUACGACGCCUUGGUGCUGCCGUUGCUGGAGGAGCAGCAGCCCUGCUACGUGCUGUACCGCCUGGACAGCCAGAACGCACAGGGCUACGAGUGGCUCUUCAUCUCCUGGUCCCCCGACAGCUCCCCGGUCCGGCUGAAGAUGCUGUAUGCUGCCACUAGAGCCACUGUGAAGAAGGAGUUUGGUGGAGGGCACAUAAAGGAUGAGAUGUUUGGGACAGUGAAGGAGGACGUGUCCCUGAGCGGUUACCAAAAGCACGUGUCCUCCUGCUCCGCCCCGGCCCCGCUGACUGCAGCCGAGCAGGAGCUGCAGCAGAUCCGCAUCAACGAGGUGAAGACGGAGAUCAGCGUGGAGAGCAAGCACCAGACCCUGCAGGGCUUGGCCUUUCCCCUGCAGCUGGAUGCCCAGCAAGCCAUCCAGGCACUCAAGCAGAAGAAAAUCAACUACAUCCAGCUGAAGCUGGAUCUGGAGCGUGAGACCAUCGACCUGGUGCACACGAGCCCCACAGAGAUCGCCGACCUGCCCAAGAGGAUCCCCCAGGACUCAGCUCGCUACCACUUCUUCCUCUACAAGCACUCGCAUGAGGGAGACUACCUGGAGUCUGUUGUCUUUAUCUACUCCAUGCCCGGGUACAAGUGCAGCAUCAAGGAGCGCAUGCUCUACUCCAGCUGCAAGAGCCGCUUGCUGGACACCGUGGAGCAGGAGUUCUGCCUGGAGAUAGCCAAGAAGAUCGAGAUCGACGACGGGGCGGAGCUGACGGCGGAGUUCCUGUACGAGGAGGUGCACCCCAAGCAGCACGCCUUCAAACAGGCCUUCGCCAAGCCCAAGGGGCCCGUGGGCAAGCGGGGACAGAAGCGGCUCAUCAAGGGGCCGGGCGAGAACGGCGAGGACAGUUAGAGGGACAGGACAGCCGCCCCGCGCCCCCGGGGCUCUUUCCCUCCAUCCCAGACGAUUCUUUUUUCCCCUUCUGUUGGGUUUUUUUUUGUUUCCUCUUUCAUUCCUUUUUUUAAACACCAGGAUGGUUUGUUGCACCUGAGGGCAGAGCAAGGGGCAGGGGGUUGCGAGGGUUUCUUUUCACCCCGGGGCUGCUGGCGGAGGGUGGGAGCGGCAGGGCUGUGUCCCCCAGCCUCGCUCCCGUCCCCUCCCCGGGGUCACAGCUGCUGCCCUCGGUGUCCCCGUGGUGACUGAAGGACACGCUUGCCUGCGAGCUGCUCUAUGCAAAGGGAAAGGGAUGGUGUUGGGGGUUCCCGUUUGAAAAGAGAAAAUGCUUCUUUCCCCGCUCCCCCAGCUCCCCUGGAUUUUGCUUCCCUGUCCUGCUCUGGCCAUGCAGCACCCGUGCCCCGGGCCUGGAGUGAUCCUGCAUCCCCUCAGGGUGCGGGCAGGACCCCUCCUGGCAAGGUGGGCUUUGCUGGCAGGAGUUUGUCCAUGGGGGAAACCAGCCAGCAAGAGGUAGAAGAGCCCUCCUGAGUUCUGAGCUCAGCCUGGCCCUGAAGAAAGGUCACUCUGCCUUUGGAUGAUGUUUGCAUCCCUUUUUGAACCCCUCCAAUACGGCUUUUGCCCUUGGAGGGAGCUGUUACGGGCCUGACUCAGCCCCAUCCCUGUUUAGGAUGGGAGCUGGGGGCACCCCGAGCCCUGUUCCUCCCCCACCCCACCCUGCCCCAGCUUCCCUCGUCACCCCUGGGUUUGCUGCCAGCUCUCUGCUCGGGGGCAGCCCCGUGUCUUACAAACCACGUGGGCUACCCCAAGUGCUGGUGCGGGGAAGCAUGACAGCCCCUGCGUGCCCCCCUGGGGCCACCCCCAGCCCCUCAGGGCCAGUGUGGGCUCCAAGGGCUCCCUGGGGCUCUGGGGGAGAGCACCCUGCUGCUGGGCACCAGCCGGGGCUCGAGAGCCACCCGCCUCCCGGGACGAGCGGAAGGGGGUCGGUGCCACCCACCCUCGGCUUUGCCGUGGUGGCACAGGGGCCAGCGCUGCCCUGACCAUGCUGGAGGGAGCCAGGGGGUUGAAGCUGGGGGAGCAGAGCACACUGUACUGAACGCUGUAUUUUCUAAGGAAUAAAGUAUUUUUAAAACA